CACUAAACCCAUAUCUUCACAAUUCUACAGCAUCAAUGUCUCAUGACAGUAGGCGUGACCAUCUUUACAAACAUAUCAAAGAAUGGGCGUGUCCUGAUGUCAAUUCUCGUCGAUUGGUUAUACGAUUACGGUGGCUAGACGAGACGCAGAAAGACCGCUUUCCUGCCAACACAUUCCAAGUGGCUCCCGUGUGAAAAAGAGACGCAGCAAAAAGGGAAACGAAGAAGAAGAAGACCGCCCCUCUUUUGACUACUACCUCUUCCUUUUCUCUCUUCAUUUUCAACACACACAUCCCAUCUUUUCCACAGUAGUGGCCACCCCGUUGCUCCUGGACUUCCCAACUGAUGCUCAUACCUUCGUCGUCAUCCAUACCGUCUUCUUUAUCUGCUUCAGCAUCCGAUUCUGAGCCAUCAUCACUGAACGGAAGUGGUAUAAGUGAUCAGAAUAUUCUACCUAAUUAUCAUCUUCAUCAUCAUCUAAUUAACGAGAACGAGAUGGAGGCAGCCAAUUAUGCACAGGUUAUCAAACCAACAUGCGAGGCAUUCCAAGAUUGGCCGCAUACUCCAAUGCUGUAUCAACAACCUCAACUUCAUUUCAUGCUUCCACAACACGAUUGGGCAUAUCCACAUCUUGCUCAAUCUCUACCUCCUCCACAUCAUCUAACACCGUCCACUGCAGCAGUUGCUGCUGCAACAAUUGCCUCACAAAGUUCAAUAAUCAAUCAAACGUCUGUGGUUACAAGUACACCUUCGUGCCAAAUCAAACAGGAAGUUGAACGACCUGAAAUUAUUCAGAGGUUAAUGCCUCCAUGGCCACCAGCUUAUCAAUUUUCUUGUGAUGAUAGUGGAUCAGUGAGUGGAGCUGGUGGACCACAUCAGCCAUUAUCUGAUAUUUCCGAUGAUAGUGAACAGACGUGUCCAGAUGAUUUGGAAGGAUUUGCAAAACAAUUUAAGCAGAGAAGAAUCAAAUUAGGAUACACACAAGCAGAUGUAGGUGUGGCUCUCGGAACACUCUACGGAAAUAUAUUUUCCCAGACAACAAUUUGUCGUUUUGAAGCGCUUCAACUCUCUUUCAAGAAUAUGUGCAAACUAAAGCCACUUCUAUUCAAAUGGCUCGAGGAAGCUGAUUCAACGACUGGCUCGCCCAAUUCUACAUUUGAAAAAAUGACAGGGCAAGCUGGAAGAAAGAGAAAGAAGAGAACAAGCAUUGAGGUCAAUGUAAAAUCUCGUCUUGAAUUCCAUUUCCAGUCGAAUCAGAAGCCAAAUGCACAAGAGAUUACACAAGUUGCCAUGGAGUUGCAGCUUGAGAAAGAGGUUGUCCGUGUCUGGUUCUGCAAUCGUCGUCAAAAAGAGAAGCGAAUAGCUCCAAAUCAAUACGAUGCUCCACAUCCAAUGGCUUUAAACAAUGGAUAUCCAAUGACUGCUGACCUUUUCCCAUAUCAAGCCGUCGUCAAUCAUUAUACUCAACAGAGCCCGAGACAACAAUAGUUUUUUGUGAUGCGUAUUGAUGUAGCAGUAAUAUAAUAAUAAUAAUACUCAAAUGAAUCACCGGUAAUUUAUAAUGACAGAAAGUUUAAUAGUUUUCAAACAUCCUUCUCUGAAGAAGACCAACAGUAUUUCUUUUCCCCUAUUAUUUUUUUUGAUACAAUCCUCUUCACUUCUCACAUCAUUCUGAAAAUGGGUAUUCGUUUUUUACAAUUAUUAAUUAGUUCUAUUGUGUAUCAUUUCUAAAUUAGUUUCCAAACUUUUUAUUUUGUUCGAAUUCAUUUAUUUUAUAAAUAUCUGUACGUUAAAAU